AAGAUAUUGGGUAUUGAAGUUGGAGGUUGCUUGAAAGCUUCAAGGUCUGUUGGAAUGCCAAGUUAUGAAGUAAUAUCACCUCAAGUUGCUUGCCCAACAUGUUCCGGAGCAGGCUACGUGCGUAAAGAUUCCAGAGCAGAGUAUGUGGCUUUAAUCCCUCUGACAGACCGACGUCUUCGGCCGCGUAGAAUAUGCCUUAAACUUUUUGGGUCUGUAGUGAUCUGCUCCUUAGUAUUUAUACUUUUAUUGGUAUUUCUCUUUCCGCGAACAAUCUCUUUGAGAAGUUCAGCGUACAAGUUAAUUACGAUAAGUGCCAUUGCCAACAUGCAAGAUAAUUUGAUAGAUCUCACAGUGAUUAACCAAAUUAAUGUAUCAAAUCCUAACUUUGUUCCAACCACAAUAACUAAAAUAAUUGUAUCUCCAAAAUACCGUUCAGUGGAUCUACAGGAGACUGUUAACAAUUCCAUUCAGAUGCUACCGCUUCGCUCCGAAACUUUACUGAAUGUGACAACGAAGUUACUCUUUGAGCAUAAACAUUUCGAUGUAAUUAAAUUAUGUCUUAUGAAAUUACCUUACUUCCAUGAUAUAUACGUAACUUUUACCUUUCAUGUUAGUUAUACAUUAUUAUGGCAAAAUUUUGAUGCAUAUCUUACAAUUAUGCCAUUAGUUGAUUGUUAUCCAACUAAUAUGAAUAUAUCGAAUAUAGAAACUUGAUAAGGAAUAUAAUUCCAUUAAAGACAGAGAGAAAGAAAGAGAUCCACUAUAUUUUUAUUUAUGCUUUAAAUAGAUUUUCUUUUCUAAUUUACACCUUUUUUGUUUUUAUUUUUUUUCUUUAUUUUUUCUUCUUUUUUUUUCGUUUCAAAUCAUUGAUGAUUUUAACGUUUCCUAAUUUUAAUCUAAUUGAAUCUACUAAGAUAGAUAGAUAGAUAGAUAGAUAGAAAGAGAGACAAGAAUAUCAUCAUCCUCAUUAUCACCAUGAUAAUCAUGAUCAUCCCUUUUUUUUAUUACUUCAUUUGUAAAUUAAUUGGCAAUCAUUAUCAUCAUAAUAAUAAAGAUAUCAGUGAUUUGUAAAUGUAUUUCUACAGGUUAAUUUGUUAAAAUUUAAUUUUUCAUAUGAAAACAUGAGAAAAUCAGACUGGCUUUAGACAUAGUUGCGUCUGCAUCGAUCAUAUAUUCUCACUAUUUGUCAAGCUUUAGAAUACAGUUUAUUGUUUAUUGGCGUCUGACGAUGAUGAUCUUUCUUAACUUUGUUGACCAAGAGGUUCUGUUAUGACUUUAUAUCCGGCUAGUUAUCACGUGAUUUAUCCACCAGUCAAAAUACGACUUAUAAAAUCUUCUCACUGUGCCAAAAUCAAUGACGUUCGACCGGUAUGGGCAGUCUUGCGUCCUUAUUGGUCCUAUCUCUGCCUAACUCGUCCACUUGAGUCCAGAACACCAAUACCAGCUUCCACUAUGCGAAUCGAAUCAUUUAUUUCAGACAUACUGGGUUUAAUAUAUCAACCAAACAGACCGCAACGUACCAUAAAAUAGGAAAUAACAUUCAUACACAAUAAAGCCAAAAAGUGGCUGUGAACGUGGGAGGCCGUAGUCAAUAAACUGAACAUAGCUUAAGAACCAUAAAUCGUACAAUAAUAACAUAUAGAUUAAAAUAAAGCUUAUAACAAUGGGAAUAUAGAUAUACAUAAUCUAGUUACUAAAUAUUUAUACCAUGAGAAUAUGUAUAAAUAAUAAUAGUCCAUUAAUAAGUCUUAGACGUUGCUACUGAUUUAUUCUUCGAUCGGAUAUAACAGGUUCUGUGACAGUGUCUGUCAUUGAAAGGUGUACCUCAAAAGUAUAUGGUGACACUAUAAUUUAUGCACGAUCUUUGAGCGACGCUAGACUGAUCUUGAGAGUGUUCACCUAAUAACUAGAACCUAAUGAGGGUUAUAAACCUAUGCGAGGAAUUCGAAUUAUGAUUUACAGUUGGUGGUUAAGGUUAGGAAUUAGAUUUAGGGUUUUCAUCACGAACUGAAAUUAGCUAUCAUGUUAAAACUCUAUUUAACCAAAUGGAUAAGUAAAUUUCGUUCCGAAAUCAAAAAUCUGUUAUAUUGUAUCUGAUUGGUUCGUCCAUAAAUUAUAGUCUCGCUAAGUACUUGUUUAAAUUAAUCAUAAACCUACUGGUGGAAAUAACGCCCCGGUCGACUGAAUUAUUGGGUAUUGAUCUCCUACAAGGAGGUCCGCUUAUCGACAUAGAAUACGCAAAUGAUAUAGUCCUGUUUGAUGAAGACGCUGAUAAAAGACAGAAUCUUUUGAUAGCACUGAGCAACAAUGUCAGGAUGUUUGGGAUGUGCUUCUCCCCCUCUAAAUGCUCUAGGACUGGCCUGUGUCAAUACCUGAACUAAGGAUAGGGAGGUGUGGCAACUUGGACCGAUGUAUAAAUGUGUCUGGCCCUACAUUGUAGCUGACUGACUGAUAUAAAUUAUUAUCUAUGUUAGAUAUUUCAAUGAAGUAAUGGUAGUGUGACAUAUGCUACUUAUACUUGCAGAUAUAAGUAGUAUGUUACACUAGUUUGGAGUGAACUUUUUGUAACUAGAAGGUUGAGAAGAUGGAAAUGAAGAGAAAACAGAUAGAAACUCAAAGUAAUCAAGAUAACAACAGGAAUGAAAGAAUAAUAAAGUGUUCGAGAGACUCUUGAUGGAAGAUGUGCAAAUGAUGUAUUUGAAGUAUGAUUUUCAUAUCUUAUUUAAACCACUGUGAUAAUAAAUUGGUCUUCCUCAUUUGACAUAAACUAUUGAACUUUUGUCCAUAGAUUGUUUAAAAUUAAAUCUUUUAAUAAACUAUACACUUUCUUGUAACACCCUUGUCAUACAAACUAAAUUGAGAAUGAGACAAUCUAGAUUGAUGGUGAAGAAAAUAUGAGACUUUUGUGAAGUGUUCAAUAUGACUAGUCUUAUUUAGUUUGACUUACUAUCAAAGUAUGCUUCAAAUGAGUUCUAUUGUAAAGUUUGUGAUGAUGAUGUUCAGAGCCGAAAAACAGCAGGCAGGUGAGUCGAUGACCAUGAUAAAAAUGCACAUAUAUAUACAUAGUGAAUUGAAUGGAUCAUCGAAUCAAUUAAGCAACUAAUAAUAAGGCUAGCAGAAUGAAUAUACACCUAAGGAGUAAGUAGUGUUCAAUCAUACAUAUUCAUACAAUGGUAUAGAUAAGUUGUCAUUGUACGGAUGACUCUGUCCGUUAAGUAAGUUAACAAAAGGGCUUAAUCAAAUUAAAUAUGAACAAACUCAAUUGCACAUGAGCUACUAUAACCUGUAUAAGUAAUGUUAAGUUCAGGUGCCUCACGCAAGUUGUAACUCAACUCAUGUUGAAUUCCUAAGACAUAAAAAUUACUAGUUUGAACGUACUUAGUUUUAACAGUGAUUUUUAUAUCUGAAAGCAUUCGUUUCUGUUGGAUGGACCCAGAAAAUUCCUCGAAAAAAACUUAAAGGGACCCUGACAACGCUGAUAAACUCUUAUUCAAUCAGCAUUCAAUAGAAGUUUCGCAGAAACACCUGUAAAGUGAGUAGUCACAUUUCUGACUGGAUGAUUAGGUGAGACUAUAAUUUAUGGACGACCUUUGAGGGACGCUAAAGUGACCUUGAGAGUGUCUACCUAUUUACCAAGGUUAAAUGAGGGUUACAUUAGUUUGAACGAUAAGGAAUAUGAUUUACAGUUGAAUGUUAGGAAUUAGGCUUGGAGUUUUCUUCACGAACUGACAUCAGCUAUAAUGCCAAGACUUUAGCCAAAUGUGUGAAUGAAUAUCGCGCCAAAAUUUAAGACCUGUUAUCGUAAAUCUGGCUGGUUCGUCUAUAAACUAUAGUCUCGCCGAUGAUUAUCUGUCCUACUACUAUGUUCAGAAGAGUUCCAGAAGCUCAAGGCCAUCUAAAAUGCUAUAAAUACCGUUGGUUUUCUGUACAUAAACUAACUUUAGAGUAAAGCGCCCUUCUAUAUUUGGCGCUUUUUCUCUCGUGUUGAAGUUGCCGUGUUGUUUUAGCCUGAAGGUUACUAGAAUAACUUAGUAAACCUGGUCAAGCGUCCAAUUGGAAGACUUAUUAGUUUACACUGAUUAUUUAUUUAUUUAAACACAAACAUUUGUACAAGGAGACACAAAACAGAUAUGCGCCACAGAAGUCACUUGAUUUGUGUGAGGGUUGUGAUACUGCCCGGGAGCGCAAAACGAAGCAGAUGGUUUCCUUAGGGGUCCACACCUGGAGACUUCGAUCUAAAUAUCUGAUCCACAAGGCAGUGGAGCAACGUUAGGAGAUGCAUUCCCAUGUUAGCUGGCGACCAAUAUUUGGUCCAUACAUUAUUUGUUUCUUCAGGAUCCUGAAGUCCAUGUACACCAUUGGUUUGGAAUGAGGGUUUUCCAACUCCCCUAGGUGGGUACUUCGUAUCCAUAUGUCAAUAAUAAAGCAUGGAAUGAACCAAAGGAAGUAUAUAAUCGCCUCUGAAUAUAGAUAUUAGCUUUCGAAAACGUGGAUCAUUAGAAACAUUCAACUUCAUAGGAUCGGAACUACAAAGAUUAAUGUUACAUGCGGUGAGAUGUAUAGUAGUUUUGCAAACUGACUGAUUGUGUCCAAUUUUACCACAUUUAAUGCAUAUAGCAUAACGAAAUACACAUGAAUUACAUGAAUGAAAUUCGUCACAGAACAAAUAUUUACCAAACUUGUGCUCACAUCUAUGAUCAGUUUUAAAAUUUCUUGUUGACUCACUUUACAUAUUUCCACGAGAAUAAGAACCAUUAUUAAACAAACGCAAUUUUGAACAACGCCGAGAGUGUAGUUUAUCACGACGAAUAAGCAAAGUAUUAGAAAUUUCCACUGACUGAAAAUAGUUAGUAUAGGCUGUUUCAAUUUCUUGAAAUGAACUUUUAAGCUUCUGAAUUAAUUCUUUUUUUUAAAUUCGGAACAAUUAUACCAGCAAUCGACCGAUCACGAAGUUGAGUUUUUUAUUAGUCUCUAAAAUUCCACUUCUUGGUCUGUUUCUGUAGUUUGAGUGAUAAAGUCUUUAACUUUCUCAUCAUUUUAUGAAACUUUGGUCUCUCUCUCUUCAUUCCAAGCUAGCACACUGCACAUGACUAAGAAGUAAUUUCUUGGAAGAUUCAUAUGACAAUGCAAUCAGUUUCUCUGAAAAAACUCAGAUUCUUUAGCAGGUUAUUAGCUUCUUUGUCUACGAACGUCAAGAAAUAAAAUGUGAAUUUAUCAUCUUUAAUCUGUUUCCUAGUCAUGCAGCAAAUUUCGAACUGCUCCAUAUAUAGUCCUCAAAGUCAUCCCUACUUGAAUCAAUAUCCAACGCCAUCGCAACACCAAUAUAAUGAUUAGAAGUAUUCGAAUGAAUAUACUAACUGGGAAUUUCAGAAAUAGUGCAAUUUAAGGGAUAUACAACUAGAUGAUUACAAAAGAACGUAUUCUAUAUGGAAUCAGUAGUCAAUCAAGUACAAAGGAAUCAUUAGUUCAUACAAACACCACAUUCCAUUAAAUUAUUUGUUAGAAACAGAUUAUACUUGCUGGUUUUGACUAAGACUGUGUGUGUGUGACAGAAUAGGGAUUUAUUUAAGAAACUUAUCUCUAACUAAUUAAUUCCCAUGUAUUGAAUUCACUGAGAUCAAGAGAAAAAGUAGGUGUUUGUUUGAAGGCGUAACGUAAAUCAAUAUAACUGUAUUACAACUGUAGACUACUCAGCAUACCUAAUUGAAAUAUUGGAGAAGUAUAAACUUGAUUAAUCAGUUUCGUUUUGGAAAUAAAAGUAAUAUAACAAAUAACUAAUUUAGACACAUAGAAUUUGUAUAGUUUCUGUUAAGUUUUAAUAUUUUGAGUUAUAAUACAUGCGAAAUUAGGAACAGUUGAGCUACUCUAAUACUGUGAUGUGUACUACUGAUGUCGAUAGAUAUAAGUAGUAGUAUGUGUCAUCAAUCGAAAAUGAAAUGUCUGGCAGCAGAAGAUUUAAGAAACGAGAACAGUGAAGGAUUGUUGUGGAAACAAAGUCACAAUAAGGUCUGACAUUUUGC